GCGGGGCGCUCCCGCGGGGCUGGCGCGGAGCUGGGGAGCCCCGGGCACCCCCCGACCCCCGCCAUGGCCGCGGCUCCCCCGGCAGCCUUCAGCCCCCUCCUCCUCCUCGCCAUCCUCCUCCUCCUCGCCCCCGCCGCCCCCAAGGAAGUCGUCCUGCUGGACUUCGCCAAGGCCCAGGGGGAGCUGGGCUGGCUCACCCAGCCCUACGGAAAAGGGUGGGACCUGCUGCAGAACAUGAUGAACGACUCGCAGAUCUACAUGUACCUGGUGUGCAACGUGCUGGAGGGCGAGCAGGAGAACUGGCUGCGCACCAACUGGAUCUACCGCAGCGAGGCCCAGCGCGUCUUCAUCGAGCUCAAGUUCACCGUCCGCGACUGCAACAGCUUCCCCAGCGGCGGCGGCUCCUGCAAGGAGACCUUCAACCUCUACUACGCCGAGUCCGACGUCGACUACGGCACCAACUUCCAGAAGCGGCAGUUCAAGAAGAUCGACACCAUCGCCCCGGACGAGAUCACGGUGCAGGACGACUUCACCAACCGCAACGUCAAGCUCAACGUGGAGGUGCGCUCGGUGGGACCGCUGCGGAGGAAAGGUUUCUACCUGGCUUUCCAAGACCUGGGCGCCUGCGUGGCUCUGCUCUCAGUCCGCAUCUACUACAAGACGUGCCCGGCCGUGCUGCGGGGCAUGGCGCACUUCCCCGAGACGGUGGCGGGCGCCGACUCGCAGACCCUGGCGGAGGUGCGGGGCUCCUGCGUGGAGGACGCGGUGGCCGACGAGGCGCCCACGCUGCACUGCAACGCGGACGGGGAGUGGCUGGUGCCCAUCGGGCAGUGCCAGUGCCGGGCCGGCUACGAGGCCGUGGGCGACCAGUGCCAAGCUUGUCCCCCUGGCACCUUCAAGGCCGAGGUGUCCCCGAGCGGCUGCCAGCCCUGCCCCGCACACACACUGCCCGCCCCGGCCGCCUCCGCCUCCUGCCCCUGCGAGGACGGGCACUUCCGCGCCCCCUCCGACCCUGCCGAUGCGCCGUGCACCCGUCCUCCUUCGCCCCCGAGCAGCGUCACGGCCGUGGGGCUGGGGGCCUCCGUGCAGCUGCGCUGGUCCCCCCCCUCCGACACGGGUGGCCGGCAGGACGUCACCUACAGCGUCACCUGCGAGCAGUGCUGGCCCGAGAGCGGCGAGUGCCGGCCCUGCGACGGGGGCAUCCGCUACUCGCAGCCCCCCCGGGGGCUGGUGGGGACGGGGGUGACGGUCACCGACCUGGAGCCCCACGUCAACUACACCUUCACCGUCGAAGCCCGCAACGGCGUCUCGGCCUUCAGCGCCCACCGCAGCGUGGCCGCUGCCAGCAUCAGCGUCAACCAGACGGAGCCACCACGGGUGACGUCGGUGAGCCUGGACGGGCGGACGGCCACCAGCCUGGUCCUCUCCUGGACGGUGCCGCUGCGGCAGCAGAGCCGGGUCUGGAAGUACGAGGUCACCUACAGCAAGAAGGUGGAUGAGAACAGCUACUCGGUGCUGCGCUGCGAGGGCGCCUCCGUCACCAUCCCCAAGCUGUCCCCCGCCACCGCCUACGUGGUGAGGGUCCAGGCGCUCACCCAGGACGGCCACGGCGCCUUCAGCCCCGAGCACGAGUUUGAGACGCUGCCUGAGGGAGCCGAGUCCAUGGCAUCUGCUGCAGUCAUCAGCGGCUCCGUCACCGGCGUCCUCUUUGUUGUCCUCCUCCUGGCUGCUCUCAUCUACGUCCUCCGGAGGAGGAGGAGCUCGCGGUCACGCCAGUCCCCCGAGGACGUCUACUUCUCCAAGUCUGCAGACCAGCUGAAGCCACUCAAGACCUACGUGGACCCACACACCUAUGAAGACCCCAACCAAGCCAUGCUCAAGUUCACCACCGAGAUCUCUCCGUCCUCCAUCACCCGCCAGAAGGUCAUCGGCGCCGGUGAAUUCGGGGAGGUCUACAAGGGCACCCUGAAACGUGGCAAGAAGGAGGUGCCGGUGGCCAUCAAGACCCUGAAGGUGGGCUACACGGAGAAGCAGCGGGUGGACUUCCUGAGCGAAGCCAGCAUCAUGGGCCAGUUCUGCCACCACAACAUCAUCCGCCUCGAGGGGGUCGUCUCCAAGUACAAACCCUUCAUGAUCAUCACAGAGUACAUGGAGAACGGCGCGCUGGACAAAUUCCUGCGGGACAAAGACGGGGAGUUCUGCGUGAUCCAGCUGGUGGGCAUGCUGCGGGGCAUCGCGGCCGGCAUGAAGUACCUGGCCAACAUGAACUACGUGCACCGCGACCUGGCCGCGCGCAACAUCCUGGUCAACAGCAACCUGGUCUGCAAGGUGUCCGACUUCGGGCUCUCCAGGGUGCUGGAGGAUGACCCUGAAGCCACCUACACCACCAGCGGGGGGAAGAUCCCGAUCCGCUGGACGGCGCCCGAGGCCAUCUCCUACCGCAAGUUCACCUCCGCCAGCGACGUCUGGAGCUACGGCAUCGUCAUGUGGGAGGUGAUGUCCUACGGCGAGCGCCCGUACUGGGAGCUCUCCAACCACGAGGUGAUGAAGGCCAUCAACGAGGGUUUCCGCCUGCCCGCCCCGCUGGACUGCCCCUCGGCCGUCUACCAGCUGAUGAUGCAGUGCUGGCAGCAGGAGCGCAGCCGGCGCCCCAAAUUUGCCGACGUUGUCAGCAUCCUCGACAAGCUCAUCCGCGCCCCCGAGUCGCUCAAGACACUGGCAGACUUCGACCCGCGGGUCUCCAUCCGCCUGCCCAGCACCAGCGGCUCCGAGGGCGUCCCGUUCCGCUCGGUGCCCGAGUGGCUCGAGUCCAUCAAGAUGCACCAGUACGCCGAGCACUUCAUGGCCGCGGGCUACAGCACCAUCGAGAAGGUGCUGCAGAUGACCAGCGACGACAUCAAGAAGAUCGGCGUGCGCCUGCCCGGCCACCAGAAGCGCAUCGCCUACAGCCUGCUGGGGCUGCAGGAGCAGCUCUGCACCACGGGCAUCCCCAUCUGACCCCCCCACGGACCCCAGCGUGCAAAAUGAAGACCCCCAGCCUCCCCCCCCCCCACCUUAUUAUUUAUUAUUUUUAUUAUUUUUAAGGUUUUUAUUAUUGUUAAUAAUAAUAUUAAUAUUAUUUCCCGCACCAGGGGGAUGUUGCCACUCGGGCAUCGCCAUCCCCGGGACAAAACGGGGGCGAAACCCCCCAAAAAUUAAAUUUCAAGCCUGCACUUGGUUGGGGGGGGGGCGGCCUUAUUAUGGGGGAGUUUCCUCUUUUUUUCUGCAUUUCAAGGAAAAAAAAAUAGGGCUGAGCCAGGUGCUCCUGGAUGCUUUGUGGGUGGCUUGGCCCUAAACUCUCCAUUUUUGCCUUUUUUUUUUUUUUUUUUUCACCUAUUUAUUCCUCUCCCGACGCUGGGUUGGUUUUUUUUCCACCUUAACGCUGAUGAGCAGUGUUACCUCUUGUAUUUUUUUUUUUGUUUUUUAACGUAAUUUAUUAUAUUUUUGUAUAUUUAUUGAGAAAAAUCAAAGAGGUUUCAGAUUUGGGGAAGAUAAUAGGGGAGAGAAGAAAAAGAGGGGGGCAGGUUUGGGGUUUUUUUCCCCCCCUUUUUAAUGGAUUUUAUGGGAUUUUCAUGAAACUGAGUUUGAUUUGAAUAAAACUUUUGUGCUCUUUUUCUA